CCGUCUUUCCAGCUGCUGGUUUUCCCUUCUGGAUGAUGGUUCGAUAAAAAUUUUCCCUCUCGCGAUCGGCAAACAAAUUCUAACAACAUAAAAAUUCAGUGAAAGUACGUUUAGUUCCGUGUCACGUGUAGAUCGUAGUGUUGCACACCGCACCAUGGCCUCCUCCGGAAUCGUGGAAUAUCUGAAGAGCCCGGAGCUGGUCGUUCGAGUUCAGGAAUUUUUCGGUAUCGAGUAUCUGCACAAGGAUCAAACGGUACCGCCGGAAGAUCAAACCAAUUCCAAGCGGGCUGAAAAUGGAGCAACCACUCGACGGAAACCACCGUCGACAACCGCAAACGGAUCCUCCGCGGGACCCAACGAAGAGGACAGCAGCAGCAGUAGCAGCGGCUGUGACAAGGAUGAAACUGCCGCGGCCACGCCAGCGCCGUAUCGCGUGACGAACAAGUUCUGGCACUAUCUGUUCCUGAUCGGCACGGAACUGGGCGACGAGUUGUUCUACGCGACCUUCAUUCCGUUCUGGUUCUGGAACAUCGACAGUGCCGUGGGACGGAGAGUGGUUAUGGUUUGGUCCGCGGUCAUGUACGUGGGGCAAACGCUGAAGGACGUCAUUCGGUGGCCACGGCCGGGUUAUCCGGUCAGCCGGUUGCAGAAAAAGUGGGCCAUGGAGUACGGGAUGCCGUCGACGCACGCCAUGGUUUCGGUGGCCAUUCCGUUCUCGGUGCUGAUCUAUACGUAUGAUAGAUACAUUUACUCCCUGCCAGCCGGUUUAACGUUUGCCCUCGUAUGGUGCGCGGUCAUUUGCUUCAGCCGGAUCUACCUGGGAAUGCACAGCGUGCUGGACAUUUUCGGUGGCCUCGCGCUGGUAGUCGCUCUGAUGGUGCCGUUGAUUCCGAUAGUGGACAGGCUGGAUUACGCAAUCGUCACCGGACGCUGGUCGCCGGUCUUCGUGCUGACCAUUUCCAUCGCGCUGAUUGUGUUCUAUCCGGAUUCGGGAAUUUGGACGCCGACCAGAGGUGACACCGCCCUGACGGUCAGCGUUUGUGCCGGCAUCGAAAUUGGUGCCUGGUUGCACUAUCAACUCGGGGACUUUUCCGCUCCAGUAGCUCCUCCGCCGUACGCGAUCAUCUGGCCGUCGUACGCGAUGCUCGGAAUGUUACUGCUCCGAACGAUUCUGGGAAUGUGCUGUAUCGUGGCCACUCGUGCCUUCGGGAAGUCGCUGUCCUAUGCGUUUGUCUGUUUUCUGCUGGGUCGGGAUAAAAAUGAACUGCGUCGGUCGGAGAAUACACUUGAUAAUAAGAACAAAAUAAUCGUAGAGUUGUCGUACAAGUUUUUCGCCUGUUUCAUGAUUGGAUUUAACACGCAGUACCUGUUGCCAAAUGUGUUCAAACUGUUGCGGAUAGGCCGACCCGAUUUUUACACGGAGAUUUGAGCAGGCAGGCCCGGUUAGUAGUUUGACGACAUUCCAUCCGUUUCAAUUUAAUGUUUUGUAAGAAACAUUAUGGUUGAUUUGCAUUUUAGCAUUUUAGAUUAGCGUAAGAUAGAAACAAAUCUUAUAAAUUAAACGUAAAUUAUGCAAUACAUCACCAGAUAAAACCUCCACUUGUAGCUAUGAGCACAAUCUAUUAAUCUAGCAUGCAAAAUUUAAUGAAAUUACACUUAAAAGCUCCUCCUAAUAAGGUUUUAAAAAGUUAAACAUUGUAGAAUGAUAGAUAAGCUACCAGUGAAUUUAGAAAAGUUCUUGCAAAGGCGUUUUAUCACAUUUUUCAUCAAUCAUAUCAAAACCUAUAAAAACUAACGAACAAAUCGAUCGUGUUCCAAAAUCCAAGUGUCUGCUGUUUCUGAACAAGUCUACGGAACAAAUGGCAUUACAGCUUGUGAAGAAAAUCAACCUUUCUAGUCCCGACGUUAUAAUCUGAGCAAGAAUAUGCGCCUGCAUUGUUCUGCGAAAUGAUAAAGGCAAUAAGCAACCUCCACUUUUCAACGACUAAUCAUGUAUUACCUACUUUAGAAUAAUCAAUUUUCAAUUUCGACAGGGCUAGAUUAAAUAAAAUAUGAAACGCUUAACGAAUAAACUGAAGCGAAUCGUGCAAAAAAAAGUAGGCCUUAAAAAAGUGAACCAGCAAAGAUAGAGUAAUUUCUCAGCUAAACAGUUUUUGUAAUGUAGAUUUAAACAUUUCAACGAAACAGUGAAAUAAAGCUUCCAGUAAUAUUAA